AUGGAUGGGAAGGAAAGCCUCACGCAGAAAUCUCGCAGAAGUGAAGCUGCUCACGUCGCUAUCGCAAUGUUGAAAGCAGCAAUUAUCAAAGCUUGCUACGAGAAUCAUUGGAGAGACGGAGCUUUCUGGAGUAUCAGGCAUUCCUCGUCGGACGUGGACAACGAUCUGGAGCGACUGGAGGAGUCCAUGAAGACCACCGAAGCUGAAAAGGCCAUUUUCAAGGACACACGUUCGAAGGUUGCGGAUAUGCGCGCAUACUUGGAAGGUCGUCCAACAAAUCUGUCUAGUGUAGACGAUUUGGACUGGGUAAAGAGAUUGAAGAGUGUGUUCGAGAGCCAAGUCGGAGAGGUACUAGAAGCAGGGGAGGUGUCGACUGUGCAGAACGAUGGGCCUAGUACGAAGCCGGCGUUAAGCAGGAAAGGAGACGAGGAUGAUGGCUUCGAAAAGUCAAAAGGUUUAUGGUGGUUCGGGUGGCUCGCCGAAGUAUUGAUGUCGGAGAGACGGCCAACGAUGAUGUGGAUGAUUCGUAUGCGCAGAAGCUUCUAUGCAACCAGUAGACAUACGCCUGUAUUUCAUCGGACCUUGCUGUCUAUUGUUAAGAUCCCAUGA